AAUCUCUCCUUUCCUUCUUCUUCUUCACCUUCUUCACCUUCUCUCUCUCUCUCUCUCUCUCUCUCGCUCGCGUGCAUAGACACUUCCAUGUCCACCACUGCCAGUCAAUACCCAUAACUUCUUGGUGCCUUUGCAGUCAACACUUCCAUCACCGCCGCCUUAAAGCCACGUCCUUGGCCAUGUCGGCCCUCUCGAGAGGCCUCAUUUCUCGCUUCCGAGCUCUGUCCAUCCUUAACCCGACCUCCUCGUCCUCGUCCUCGUCCUCGGCUGAGCGCUUGGUCAGGGGGCUCAGCGCGGAGGCCCUGCUCAGCCCGGAUUCGGGUCGCGUGAUCGAGGCGGCCUCGGGCGUGAUGAGCCCCACCUCGAAGCGGACGGGGAUCAUAGCGGUGAAGUGCGGGAUGACGGCGCAGUGGGAUAAAUGGGGGGCGAGGGUACCGAUGUCCGUGCUUUGGGUUGAUGAUAACAUCGUGUGCCAGGUGAAGACUGUCGAGAAAGAAGGCUUUUUUGCUCUACAGAUCGGUUGCGGGCAGAAGAAAGAAAAGCAUUUGACGAAACCAGAAGUUGGUCAUUUUAGAUCUCAAGGAGUUCCAAUGAAGAGGAAAUUGAGAGAGUUUCCUGUGACAGAAGAUGCGCUCAUACCUGUUGGUACGUCAAUUGGUGUUCGCCAUUUUGUCCCAGGACAGUAUGUGGAUAUCCAAGGAAUUACAAUGGGCAAAGGAUUUCAGGGUGGGAUGAAAAGAUGGGGAUUUAAAGGGAUGCCAGCUUCUCAUGGUGCAUCACUGUCACAUCGAAGUAUUGGAUCUACCGGUCAGAGAGAUGCUCCCGGGAAGGUUUUCAAAGGUAAGAAAAUGCCUGGCCGAAUGGGUGGAAAGCGACGAACCGUAAAAAACGUGUUUGUCUACAGAAUAGAUCCCACAAGGAACUUGAUGUGGGUGAGAGGCCAAGUCCCAGGUGCAGAGGGAAAUUUUGUGUUUAUAAAGGAUGCUGUGUACAACAAACCAGACGUAUCGACCCUUCCUUUCCCAACAUAUUUUGCUGCAGAUGAUGAAGACACAGCAAGCUUGGAACCUCUGAUUGCCGAUCUUGGAGAAGUCGAUCCAUUCAUGGUGGCAGAUUGAUUCAAUUGCGAUUUUUAUUUCCUCUAACGGAUAGAUCCGCAUUUUUGUCAGGAUAGACAACUCUUGUACCUGAGCUGGUUAGGUCAGUCAUACCAGGCAUCGUUUUUCUGGCCAUAGAAUCAUUCUUGGAGUCGAUUAUAUCUUGUUCAUCCCUAGAAGGGCAGCUUCAGAGAAUGUGAGGUUUUUCUUCUUUGUAUUGCUGGGAUUAUUGUGUCUAUAUUUAGCACUUGUCUUCUCAUUUGGAAAUAAAGGAGUGAUAAAAUGAAGAA